AUGGACAAUAAAACCUUCGUGUCUGAUUCUCUCAUCCGCCUGACGGGCGCGUCAGACCCGACUGUCAUUGAUUUCGUUCUCGCGACCGCCAGCUCAGCCCGGUCUGCUUCUUCCCUGCAAGACAAACUCCUCUCCUUCCUCGACGGCACAGAUGGAAUGAACCCUAGCGAUCUUGGGGCGUUUUGUGGGGAGUUAUAUUCUCGGGCGGGCAAAGGCGCACAGCCCAGCGCGCCUGCCCCGAAAAGCUCGGCGAAAGAAUCUACGAAGAAGAAAUACCGCCUACUGGACAUGGAGGAUGAUCUACCGGAUCCAGCUACAUCACUGGGCCCCGCAAAUGUCGAGGCAGACCGAGAGAGACGGAGACGGCGAGACAAGGAAAGGGACAGUGACAAAGACAGAAGCAGAGGGAAACGUGAUUCUGAAGCUCGGAGUCGCUGGGAAAAGGAUGAUACUCGCAAGCGAGAUCGUAGUCGGGACGCAGAGAGCCGAGAUCGUCCACGAUCGAAGAAGCUUCGGAGAAGAGACUCACAGGAUUUUGAGGACCGAUGGGGCGACGAAGAAAUCCCAGACGACGAGAUGUACGCCGAUGACGAUCCUGAGGAAUUCGAAGAAUCGGCCCCAAAGCGCACGCGACUCGAGGAUGGAUCCGCCUCACCACGGCCCGCAUCGCCGGCCGAGGAUAUCGACCCGCAGACCAAACAAGAGAUUGACCGUCAACGAGACCUUCGCGAAAGAGACGAGUUUGCGAAGCGACUGGCCAAUAAGGAUGACAGCAGAUCCAGGAAGAUUGUCGAAGACCGCACCCGAGAUGGAGAAGCUGCCCGGCGGCGCGCGUUGGCUGAUGACGCCGAUGCCCGCGCAGCGAUGAUGCCGGAUCUGCGACUCCGAUCGCGACAGGAGUAUCUGAAGAAACGUGAAACAGAGCGGCUGGCAUUGCUGCGGCGGCAGGUCGCGGAGGAGACAGCUGAGCUGCGGGAAAAUCCGAGUCUAACGCGCCGGGAGAAAGAGGAGUUUGCGCGAAACCGAGAGGUUCUCCGCAUCGCUGAAGAGCGGCUCCGAAUCGAUGACCACCGCGAUGGGUAUAUGAUGCCAGACGACUAUAUCACGGAGAAGGGGAAGAUCGAUCGGAAAAAGAAAGAGGAUGCUCUGUACAAGCGAUAUGUCGAUCGUGACGAGACGGGCCAAGAGCGGUUUGUCACCGAGCACGAAGAGUGGGAGAUGGAGCAGACGGCCAAGGCCAAGGCCCAGAUCAAGAAGGCUGAAUUUGUCGACGAGGGAGACUACGAAUAUGUGUUCGAUGAUUCCCAGCAGAUCAACUUUGUCAUGGACGCCAAGCUUGAAGGCACGCAGAAACCCAUGACGCAGGAGCAAAGACGCUUGAAAGAGCAGAUAGAUGCUGAGGAAAAGAAGGCUGCGUCAAUGGAAGAAACCCGGAAGAACCUGCCAAUUUACCAAUUCCGAGACGAGAUCAUCCAGGCCGUUCAUCAACAUCAGGUUCUGAUCAUUGUGGGUGAAACGGGAUCGGGAAAAACAACGCAGAUCCCGCAAUACCUCCAUGAGGCCGGAUACACGAAGGAUGGAUUGAAGAUUGGGUGCACGCAACCACGACGAGUAGCUGCCAUGAGUGUGGCAGCGCGUGUAGCAGACGAGAUGGGCGUGAAGAUUGGAAAUGAGGUUGGCUAUGCUAUCCGCUUUGAGGAUAACACCACCGACAAGACCAUUGUCAAAUACAUGACCGAUGGCAUGCUGUUGCGAGAACUCUUGACGGAACCAGACUUGGGCCAGUACUCCGCCUUGAUGAUCGACGAGGCUCACGAACGGACGGUGCCCACCGACAUUGCGUGUGGCCUCCUCAAAGAUAUCGCUAAGGCUCGGCCUGAUUUGAAGCUUCUUAUAUCGUCGGCGACGAUGGAUGCGCAGAAGUUCCAGGAGUACUUUGACGAUGCGCCCAUUUUCAAUAUCCCUGGCCGGCGGUACCCUGUGGAUGUGCACUAUACAUCGCAGCCCGAGGCCAACUACUUGGCCGCGGCUAUUACCACGGUCUUCCAGAUUCACGUCACGCAGGGCCCCGGGGAUAUCUUGGUGUUCCUCACUGGUCAGGAAGAGAUCGAGGCAGCCGACCAAAGCUUACAGGAAACGGCACGAAAAUUGGGCAGUAAAAUACCGGAAAUGAUUAUCUGUCCUAUCUACGCCAAUCUGCCGUCGGAGCUGCAGACCAAGAUUUUCGAGCCUACGCCACCCAAGGCUCGCAAGGUGGUGUUGGCCACCAAUAUCGCCGAGACCAGCCUGACGAUCGACGGCAUUGUCUACGUGAUUGACCCCGGGUUUGUAAAGGAGAAUGUGUUCAAUCCUCGCACGGGCAUGGAGAGCCUGGUGGUAACACCGUGCUCGCGGGCAUCGGCUAACCAGCGAGCUGGUCGCGCUGGGCGAGUUGGGCCUGGCAAAUGUUUCCGUCUCUACACCAAAUGGGCGUAUUACAACGAACUCGAGGAGAACACCACCCCAGAGAUCCAGCGUACAAACCUGAACGGCGUGAUCCUGAUGCUCAAGUCGCUGGGUAUCGACCAACUGCUCGAUUUUGACUUCAUGGACCCGCCGCCGGCGGAAACUAUCAUUCGGGCCUUGGAGCAGCUGUACGCUCUGGGGGCACUGAACGACCGUGGCGAGCUGACCAAGGUCGGUCGGCAGAUGGCAGAGUUCCCCACGGACCCGAUGCUUGCCAAAGCGAUCUUGGCUGCGGACCAGUACGGGUGUGUGGAGGAGGUCCUAUCGAUCGUGUCGAUGCUGGGAGAGGCAAGUGCGCUCUUUUUCCGGCCCAAGGACAAGAAGAUCCACGCGGAUAGUGCCCGCAACCGAUUUACCGUAAAGGACGGAGGUGACCACCUCACGUUGCUUAACAUCUGGAACCAGUGGGUGGACUCGGACUUCAGCUACGUGUGGGCGCGAGAGAACUUCUUGCAACAGCGCAGCUUGACGCGGGCACGCGAUGUGCGCGACCAGCUGGCCAAGCUGUGCGACCGAGUCGAGGUCUCGGUUAGCACUUGCGGGGCCACCAAUAUGAUGCCGAUCCAGAAGGCGAUUACGGCCGGGUUCUUCCCCAACGCGGCGCGACUGCAGCGCGGGGGUGACAGCUACCGCACAAUCAAGAAUGGACAGUCGGUAUACCUGCACCCGUCGAGUACUCUGUUCGAGGUCAACCCACGGUGGGUGAUCUACUUUGAGCUGGUUUUGACCAGCAAGGAGUACAUGCGCAGUAACUUGCCGCUGCAGGCGGAGUGGUUAGUGGAAGUGGCACCGCAUUACUACAAGAAGAAGGAUUUGGAGUCGCUGGGAGUGGAUCGCAAGAUGCCCAAGCAGAAGCGGUAG